CUUUUAAAUUCUUUUUUCAACGUGUCGUAAGCGAGAAAAGUAGGAAGGCAAAUCAAGAUGAAGCGAGCUCGACGUCCUAAUGCUGCAAACAGUAAAUCAUUCGUUUCCGGUGGUAUUUACAGCAUAAAAUAAAAGUAACCCCAAUGCCAUCGACAAGCCUUUGAUUCAACAGCCAUUGCAAUCCAUUGAUGCCAAAAAGGAUCAGGACACUCCAGUAACUGAUCAUGAGCUGCCGGCUACUGACCCAGUUUCAGUGGCGGCUGAGCCUGUCCAGAAGAGGGUGCCGGACGCAGCUGCCAUCUCCGCGAAGCUACCCAUGCCAAUUAUCGUCAAGGAGGAGCCAACAGAGGUAUUUGCCGAGGAAGAUGGACGCAACGAGGAGUUAUCUAUAGACAUCAGCGUAGAGAAAGGAAGUGGUAUCGGCGGAAAGAUCCCCUUUAAGAAGAUCUUUCAAAAACGCAAGAAGUCCUCUGAACGCACUCGAGACAAGAAGCAACGCCAGAACCGUCAAUUGCGAAAGUCCAUGCUGCCGAAGAACGCCUUGAUGGCCCUCAACGAGGUGAAGGGCGUGACAAUUAGCGAUUUCACUAUCGACAGCAAUUCCGAUGGAGGAUUUACUGCGGCAGUCACGGUGAACUCUAAUCAAUAUGAGGGCAAGGGUCUUUCCAAGAUGUCCGCUAAAAAUGCUGCCUGUGAAAAGGCAUGGCGCGACUUCAUCAUUGCAAAGAUGACGCCCAAGCCUCCCAGACUUCAAGCAAGAAAAGGUGAAAACGAAGAAGAAGCCAUGGAAACCAACGAGGAAGAUGUUGACGGGCCGGAGGAUGAUCUGCCAAUGCUAAAUCUGGCGUCUUUUGCCAUUUACAAAUUGUUUGCGGAGUGGGAACGCGAAGGCUAUGUCGUUCCCGAGAUGCAUCCAUCGGUCAAUGCUGCACCUCCAGCCGGAGGGGAAUCCGCACCGUCUGUUCCCGCGGUGCCGAAGGAGCCUAAAAAACCGCUGGUGCGCACCGAGUUACCCUCCGGUUGGGAAACCAUGCACCCAGCCACUGUUCUUUGCAUUAUGCGCCCAGGGCUCAUUUACGUGGACCACGGAGUCUCUGGAGAUAAGCCCAAUGUGUUGCAACAUCUUGGAAUCAUGGUCGAUAACCAGGAGUACACCGCUCACGGGAGAUCCAAGAAGAUUGCCCGUCGCAAUGUAGCCGUGGAAGUGUGCAACACUUUGUUCGGAACGAACUACUCGUAUAGUGACACUUCAUCUUAAGAAGUAUAUUAAACGACAUUACAUACCCCACGUAACGAAAUUAUCUUUAAACCCUGUGCCUGAUUAAAAAAAAUGAGUAACGGGUUAAUCACUUGCAAUUUCAAAUGUUAAAUUUAUAUCUAACAUUUGAAAAAAAAAUUAUAUUUUCUAUUUCUAACUAGAGGUGUGAGUCGUAUUCAAACUUCUUAUUAAUUGCGCAAAAUAAAAUUUUUUUACCAAUAUCAAACAUUGACAAACACAAGGUUAACAAUAACAUGUAAAAGAUCACAAUAUCUAUUUUUCAGAGCUCGUCUCUGAUGUCUCUGUUAUUCAAAGCAUUUUACCAUUAUUUAAUUUCGUAAAAAAUAUUUAAAUAUUUCUUGAAAUGUUUUCAAGAAUGUAUAAAAAAUGAUCCAGUUUUCUGUUAUUGAAACUAAAAAAUUCAGUAUUGUUUCUAUCUUUCAAUUAUAUUUUUCUAGUUCAAAAACAUUGAUAUGCAGAAUUAUAAUUUAACUUCGGUAAACGUUAAGUUGUAAAAGUAAUAUUUGGACAUCCACAAUUAUAAAUGUAUUUCAGCAUUAAAACAUGCCAAGAUUCUGCAAAAUCGCUUAAACUUAUUUUUUCUGUUAACUAUAUAAAGAAAAAUUAAGUAAAACCCAUAAAUGAUAAGAACUGUGAAUAAGUACCCAAUAAUUUAUGUACGUCUUUUACAACAUGGCAGCCGUUAAGUGGGGGUAUAAAGAUUAAAUAUUAAACACAAAUAAAAAUUACUCAAAAAAAAACAAA